UCCAUACAAUAUCCAUCCAUCCCUCCCUCCGUUUUUGUCUUCAAGAUGUCGUUCGUGGCGCUCUUCGUAACAGCCACGAAGCUCGCUGGGUUAUUGGUCACUGUCACCGUCGCCGCCAACGCCUACUCCUUCUCUCGCUAUCGGAGAAAGAAUCUCCGACGAUUCAGAUCGCCGAUCGACGAGUCCUCCGACACGCUUGCCGACUUCAAUGUUAACGAAGGAGAGAGUAAGUUUUUCUUUGGACUCGCGACAGCACCAGCACACGUUGAAGACAAGCUCAAUGAUGCUUGGCUUCAGUUUGCAGAAGAAAAACCUUGUGACAAAUCAGAGCCGCUCCAGGGCCUGCAACCUGCCGAUGCUUUAAUGGGUUCUGCUACUGGAGGUGGUGGGUCUCAGCAAGCCUCAUUACCUCAGAAAGGUGCUGAUAAUACAAUUAAGAAGAAGAAGCCUCUUAAGAUAGCUAUGGAAGCCAUGAUUAGGGGGUUCGAGAAGUACGUAGAAGAAGAGAGUGAAGAAGAAACGGUACCAAAUGAAGAAUGCCGUCAUAACGUAGCUGCAUGGCACAAUGUUUACCACCCGGAAGAAAGGCUUAGGUUUUGGUCUGAUCCUGAUAUAGAACUGAAAUUGGCUAAGAAUACAGGCAUCAGUGUCUUUCGAAUGGGAAUAGACUGGUCAAGAAUCAUGCCCAAAGAGCCAGUUAAUGGGCUUCAAGAAAUUGUCAAUUAUGCAGCAUUGGAGCGUUAUAAGUGGAUCAUCAAUAGGGUUCACUCAUAUGGAAUGAAGGUGAUGCUGACUCUGUUUCACCACUCAUUGCCACCAUGGGCUAGUGUGUAUGGAGGUUGGAAGCUGGAAAAAACUGUUGAUUACUUCAUGGAUUUUACCAGGCUUGUUGUUGACUCUGUAUCAGAUAUAGUAGAUUAUUGGGUAACGUUUAAUGAGCCUCAUGUCUUCUGUAUGCUAACUUAUUGUGCUGGUGCUUGGCCUGGUGGUCAUCCUGAUAUGCUGGAGGUUGCCACUUCUGCCCUACCAACUGGUGUUUUCCAACAGGCCAUGCAUUGGAUGGCCAUUGCACACUCAAAAGCCUAUGACUAUAUCCACGAACAAAGUACCUUGUCAAAUCCACUAGUUGGAGUAGCACACCAUGUGUCGUUUAUGCGACCGUAUGGUCUCUUUGAUAUUGCUGCUGUUUCGUUGGCAAAUUCUUUGACUCUCUUCCCAUAUGUGGAUACUAUCUCUGAGAAGCUGGAUUUUAUAGGCAUAAACUACUAUGGGCAGGAAGUGGUCUCCGGUUCUGGACUGAAGCUUGUAGAGACCGAUGAGUAUAGUGAAUCUGGACGUGGGGUAUAUCCCGAUGGCCUGUACCGUGUGCUGCUUCAGUUCCAUGAAAGAUACAAACAUCUGAAUGUUCCCUUCAUCGUUUCUGAAAAUGGGGUUUCUGAUGAGACAGACUUGAUCCGCCAGCCAUAUCUUUUAGAACAUUUGCUUGCUGUUUAUGCCGCCAUGAUCAUGGGUGUCCCUGUGAUUGGUUACAUGUUUUGGACAAUUUCUGAUAAUUGGGAAUGGGCUGAUGGAUAUGGCCCCAAAUUUGGACUUGUAGCAGUUGAUCGGGCUAAUGGUCUUGCCCGGGUUCCACGUCCUUCGUACCGUCUGUUUUCUAAAGUGGUGACAUCAGGUAGAGUUACACGUGAAGACCGGGCACAAGCAUGGAAUGAACUCCAGGGUGCUGCUAAAGAGAAAAAAACACGUCCAUUUUAUAGGGCUGCUAAUAAACAUGGUUUGAUGUAUGCAGGAGGCCUUGAUGAACCUAUACAGCGACCAUUUGUUGUACGAGAUUGGCGGUUUGGACACUAUGAGAUGGAAGGUCUGCAGGACCCAUUGAGUUGCUUAUCAAGAUUUAUUCUCCAUCCUUUCUCUGUCAAAAGGAAAAGGAAACCUCAAAGGGAUGAUGCUGAAUUGGUUCUUCAGCCUCUUUAGCCUCUAAUGGCUUAUUCGUAUUCAUGUCUGGAUACUUCUUGCACUUUGCCGAACUUCAGACUAUGCGCUACCAAGGAAGAUAUGGUCUCAAGUGAAAGGUUGGGAGAUGCCCUACAGCAUGUGCUGCAUUUUUCAUUCCUCGCUUGUGGUUUCAAUUGUAAUAUACUGUAAAAAUUUAUGCCUUUUUACCAGAUUGGUUGCUUCUUUGAUAAGUGAUAUGGUAAUGUCAUCUAUAUAGUGUCUGUAGAUAAUGCUAUUUUUUUUCGAAUGUUCAGAUAAGCUUAUCUGCAUUGAAAAAUGAGGCAUUUAUUUAUGUGCUACAAUGCUACUCAGCUACUGACAAUACCAAUUAUCUGCUUGAACUGCUCAAGAUUUUUCUAAUGCUCAUUGGAAUCUUGUAUGUUUA